CGGAAGCGGAAAAGUGCUAGGCCUACUCAUGUAACUUUCUUUUCCAAACACUAAACAAACGUUGAGUUUUUCGGAACACAAAGAUCAAAAAUGCUUUUUUAUUCCUUCUUCAAAUCUCUUGUUGGCAAAGAAGUGGUUGUGGAGUUAAAAAAUGAUCUCUGCAUCUGUGGGACUUUGCACUCUGUGGAUCAGUUCCUCAACAUCAAGUUAACAGAUAUCAGUGUCACAGAUCCAGAGAAGUAUCCACAUAUGCUGUCAGUGAAGACGUGUUUCAUCCGAGGGUCAGUGGUCCGUUAUGUGCAGUUGCCAGCAGAUGAGUGUGAUACACAGCUGUUACAGGAUGCCACAAGGAAGGAGGCUGCUCAGAAUAAACAAAGAUAGAUACCAGGGCUAUUGAUUGGUGUGUUUGUGAGUGAGUCUGUGUGAAGUGCCAGAGAAUGCAUGUGAAAGGUACUGUUGAAAAAUGGUGAUGAGAGAAAGGAGUACUGCCAGUUUAGCUAAUUGUUUAUGUUGAAUUUGUCAGCAAAUCUGACUCAUAGUUCACCUGUAUCAGUAUCACAUUUGAGAAUGAGAGUCAUCAUGUGAAAUUUGAUGUACAAGUUACAUGCAUUGAUUUGUUACCUGUUGUUGUUUUUUAAGAAAGUUGUGGGGAUUGAUUGAGCUGUGAGUGGAAAGUUGACAACAGGUUCAGUAAUAUGUCCUACAACAUCAAGCGAGAUAUAAUAAUCAUAUUUUUGGUUUCUGUAAGGGUCCUACCUAAUUUUGAUUAUGAUUACAGUCUCAUCUUUGAUGUGACAUAGUCUUUGAUAGAGUAACACUAAUAGUUCUGAUAAGUGAAAGAUUGUCCUGAAAUACGAGAUACCAAAACCACAUGCUACUUUUGCUAGAACUGGAGGAGUUGACUACUAAGCUGGAGAAAGGCUGUUGACUUGCUGCUGAAACUCCUGGAGAGUCUAUACCUAUCCAGUUAGUUUUGUAUUUUCUCAACAGUUUUUUUAAAACACAGAGUUUAUUGAUCGGCAGAGGGGGAAAAAAUGCACCUGUCGAAGUUUAAUGAAUUGGGCCUUUGUAGUUUUGAGACACUUUCUCCCUUUCACUGUUGGAUUAUACAUCAGUAAGGGACUUGGCUCAGUUAACCCUUUCAUUGCUGCUUUUUCUUCCCUCAUCCUUACUAUCGUCACUUUUCCUUUACUUCUUUUGUGUUUGUCACUCUCUUGUGAACUGCUAGUUCUGGGGUGCCUUGAUAGUUGAAGCAGACUUUGUGCUGUUGUGGCUAGAGAGGUAAGCAGAGUAAGCCUGAUUCCCUGUCUGAACUUCUCUGUCUGUUGACAUCCACCCCUUGGCGUUCAUAUGACCUUAUGCAGUUGCGAGAGUAGUGUAACCUUAAUACAAUUAAACUGAAAAAUCCUUUCAUUGUCAGGGGGUGUGCAUUUCUACUGUCAACCUUAAGUUUCAGCUAUGCUCUUUAGCCAGGACAGUGGUCUCAUCGGUCUCAGUGUCAGUGGACUGGCGGUCUGGAUCUGGCCCACUCAUGACAUAUUUGGAACCUGAGUCUUCAUCACCUUCUUCAUCCUCAUAUUCCCCAAUAUCAUUAUUGUUUCAAACAACUUGAAAAAUUAAGUCAAAAUGUGAAAUAUUUUACCUUUCUUUUUCUAUCAUUUUAGUGUUUAUGUUUUGUGAAAGCACGCUUUUUUUGUCUGCAAGAUUAGAUCUGUGUUUAUAUAUUUCUUGCAAGCCUACUUAUAAAGUAACACAAGCAAAUUUGGUACAAAUAUAGGCAUUUUUAAUCCUCAAAUACAAAUCCAUCUUGUGCUUGUGGCUUAAUCUGCAUACAGAAGAAUUGUAGCCAGAUGAUUAGUGUGACACAUGUGUCACGAUGCGGUGGAAUCAGGCACUCGUCAAUUUUUGGGCUUAUGGAGUUAUUGGUACCGGUAUCAACUUAAAGCCUGUUCACUUGCCUUGCUUUGAAUGAAAAAAUAUCUUUUUAUCUGGAAUAGAAGUCAAGAUAUUUGUGAUUGAAGGAAGUGGGGGUCGCCAGGUUCAGAUGUAAAAUUAGAGAGAAAAUGGCUGCCAAAGUUUGGUGACUUCCAUAGAUUGAGAGUCCUUGAAAACUGAAAAUUUACAAUUUUUGCCCCUGUAAAAGUUUGUCAGUAGAAUCCACACAGAAAUGUGUUUUUUAAUAGAUGUUGAGCCAAAAAACAAAAAUUCAAUAAAAAUGGUCUAACCAGCAGAAAAA